GCGGAGGGCGGGGCCGGCCAAUGAACUGCCCCGCCCGCAUGUUUUGUUUACCACAGCAACCGAGCGCUGUACAGCAAAGUGUCGCUCUCGCCAAUUGUCGCAACGCUCCUGUCGCCGCUGUUGCUCGGCGACUUGCCAAAACGACCUUGCUGCGAACCUCGACGACAAAUCUCUCGAUACCUCGACGAAAGUACCGACUGUUUGCGCAUAUCCCUCGGGCCAAGCAACCAUCCCGCGAUACGCCGGCGUACUGGGCAAACUCACCGUGCAAAACAACAGGAGGGGCGUGUGUGAACGACAGAGGGGGGACCAGCCCUCUAGUCCAUUUUUUUUUUGACAUCACCAACCAUGUCGAGCCGUCGACCGCGCGAGACCCUCGGGGGUCUCAACCUCAACUCUGCCAUCCCCCAGCCCCCCUCCGCCAUGAAGCGACAAUCCCACAUUGGCAGCAUCGGCGGCCCAGCCAGCCAUGCACGCUCCAUGUCCGGCUCGCGCCACUCCCUGGCCCUGCAACGUCCAAACCAGCCCAUGUUCCAGCGCUCCUCCUCCGGCACCAACCUCGCCGACGUAGGUCUCUCCUCGGUCAAGCGCGCCUCGGUAUCGGCCUACACCGGCGGCGGCGGCAACACCACCUCCCUAAAACCGUCCUACCACACCGCCGGCGGAGGACCCUCGAGCAGUCAAGACAACGACCGUCGCAGCAGCGUCUACCGGGCCCGUCCCUCGGGCGUCGGCGGCCCGAGCAGCAGCGGGAUGGGUAUCCCAACGGGCGGCCACCAAAGCUUCUUCCAACAAGCCCCCCAAGCAGCCGGCGUCCCCCGCGACCCCCGUCCCCUCCGAGACCGGUCCUACCAGAACCGACUGGGCCAAGAACUCGUCGAAUACCUCGCCCAAAACAACUUUGAGAUGGAAAUGAGCCACAAGCUCUCGGACAACUUCAUCAAGUCGCCCACCCAAAAAGACUUCAAUUUCAUGUUCCAGUGGCUCUACAGGCGCAUCGACCCCAGCUAUCGCUUCCAGAAGAACAUUGACCAAGAAGUGCCCCCGCUCCUGAAGCAAAUGCGCUACCCAUACGAGAAGAGCAUCACGAAAUCCCAAAUCGCGGCCGUGGGAGGACAGAACUGGAGCACGUUUCUGGGUUUGCUGCACUGGAUGAUGCAGCUGGCGCAGAUGCUCGAUCGGUAUGCUCACAACCAGUAUGAUGAGGCUUGUCUGGAGGCUGGGGUCGACGUCACGGGGGACACCAUCAUUUUCAACUUCUUGACGCGAGCAUACCAGAACUGGCUCAACAUGGAUGAUGACGCGGGGGAUGAGGAUGUCGAGGCCGCGCUGGCGCCGCAUGUGGAGAGGAUGGCGGCCGAGUUUCACGACGGGAAUGCAAAGUACUAUGAGGAGCUCAAGAUGCUGGAGGCGGAGAACGAGAGGUUGCAGAAAGAGAUUGAGGAGCUGGAGAAGAGCACGCCUGACCCGGCGGUGCUGGACAAUCACUUCAAGAUCAUGCAGGAGGACAGGGCCAAGUUUGAGGAGUACAACACGUUAGUUUCGGAAAAGUCCGACAGGUACGAGGCGAAGAAUCGGAUUCUGCAGCAGGAGUUGGAGAAGCUGGUCGACGAGGUGAGGGAGGCGGAGGAGGAGAGGAGGAGGCUGCAGAGGGCGGUGGAUGAGCAGGGGAUCAGCAUGCAGGAUAUCGACCGGAUGACCGGGAACCGGGAGCGUCUGCAGAGGGAGAUAGAGUCUGCCAAUCUGCGGCUGGAGGACGUGAAGCGGAAGGUGCUGGAUCGGGAGCUGGAGGCGAGCAGGAGGUUGGAGGAGCUGGAGAGGGCGGUGGACAAGUUCAACACGGUGGCCUAUCAGAUCGGGCUGAUACCGGCCACUGCGGUCAACGCCAAGGGGAAGGAGUACGAGCUGCAGGUUACGGUGAAUGAUGGGCCGUCGGACUUUUCGUCGUCGCUGGGGCCGUCGUCGUCGGCCGCGGCGGGACAGGGGGAUAGGCUUCUGCAGGACUCGACGACGGGGUAUCAGCCGGCACAUAUCCUGAACUUGGACCUGCGCGGGGAGGUUAAGAACAGCUUCUUGGUGCUGAGGAAGGAGGUGUCGGAACGGAGAAAACAGGCGCUGGACGUGAUGAUGGAGGAUCAUGACCUGCUGGACCGGGCCAAGGAGGCGAUUGAGGACAAGAGGAACGAGGUGGAGGCGCUGCAGCACCGGGUGAGGGCGGCGGAGGAGGAGUAUGAGAAGACCAAGGAGUCGACGAGCGCGCAAAAGAUGGCGAGCGACGCGCAGAUUGAGAAGAUGGAGAAGGAGCUGGCAAAGAUGAGGGCGCAGCUGAGCGAGAGCGUGCAGCUGAUGGAGCAGAGGGAGAUGAAUACGAACAUUGAGUACGAACAGUUGACGCUGCGGGCGAACGCGCUCAGGGAGGAGCUGCAUACCGAGACGAUGCGCAUGCUGAACGACGUGAUCAAGUUCAAGAUGCACGUGCAGAAGAACUUGGAGGAGUACGAGAGCUUCGUGGCGGACGAGCUGGAGAAGGAGUUGGGGAGUGACGAGAUGAGAGAUGAUACCCAGGCUAUUGACAUGUAGUUUUUUUGUGUUUUUUUUUUUGGUCGAGUUUUAUUUUACGGAUGUUGUUGGUCUAUGGGUUAGGAGUAGGAUAUGGUUAGGGAUCAGGAUAUACCGUGGGAUUUUUAUUUUUUAUUAUUUUUCUCGCUUUUGUUAUCCUGAUGAUGAGUAUCAAAAGUCUACCUGCUGCUGCUUACGA